CGCGGCGCGCGCCCGGCACCACAUGCGCAGCUUCAGCAGCGAGCCGACGCGCUUCGCUGCUGCGCCGUCGAGCGCCGGGCCGUCGCGCUCGCCGGCGCCGUUCCCGAGCAACAUGCUGCCGCGGCGCAGCACCGAGAGCCACGCCUCGGCCGCCUCGUCGGCCACGACGAGCGCAGCAUCCUCGACGCGCUCCACGCCCAGCUCGAGCCCGGCACCGCCCACACGCCCGCCGCUGCGCACUGCCAGCUCCAGCACGGCCACGGCCAGCGGCAGCAGCAUCGGCAGCAGCAGCCGCCAGUCGAGCAGCUCCACAGCCGCCAGCGAGCAGCCGCCGCCGCGAGAGGCAGCGUCCGCGCCCUCUGCGCCGCCGCGCACUGUCUCUCCGCCGGCUGCCACUCCAGCAAGCAGCACGGCGAGCACGCCUGCCAGCAGCACCGCCAGCACGGCGCCGAGCAGCAGCCGCUCGAGCAACGCGAGCAGCGUCGACGGCACGCCGCCGACGCAGCGCCGCCUCUCGCCCACGCGCGCCGACGAGCCCGUGGAUGAGACGCUGGAGAAGCUGCGCCAGGCUCAGGCCAACCGCCGGCCCAAGAUGAUGCGCCUCACGCCCGCUCACUCCAGCCUUCCGGCGCGCUCCUUCAAGUCGCCGGUGGGCAGCAGCGGCAGCUCGAGCUUCGGCGACGUCAGCACGCCGACGCCCAGCAGCGUUGCCUUCCCGGCCAAGGGCCCGCAGUCCAGCGCCUCGGCCACGGCGCCGCUGCACCCGUCGUCGCGCAAGGCCGUGGCGAUGAAGCAGUCCGCGCCGGCCGACGAGUCGCCCGGCCUGCUCAUCGACCUCAGCCACCUGCCCAGCCCGUCAGUCACGGAUCUCGAGGGCCCGGUGACGACGUCGCAGAUCGCACCCGACCGUCACCCGCGCGACCGCCACGGCAACCCGAUCAAGUCAAGCCUCAAGUCGCCCGCCGCCUCGCACUUCCUGCCGCCGCGCGCCGACAGUGUGCCGUCGCUGCCAGCGAGCAUGCGCUUUGCCAAGAGCGUGCCCACGACGCCGACGGUGGCCAAGGCGGUGCACUUCGACUCACAGCUCGAGCACGUCAAGGUGUUCAAGUUCAAGCAGCGCCCGGCCGCCGUGUCGCGCGACGGCAGCCCCGAGCAGACCGAGACGGAGACCGAGGAGGAGAAGGAGCUCUUCCCCUUUGUCUACGGGCGCAACCGCGGCAACAGCUCGCCCGAUGCCUCCUUCCGCACCGGCGGCAGUAGCCCAGACUCGCGCUCGUACGGCAGCGGCAGCAGCAGCGGCAGCCUCGCCGUGCCCGCCGAGGCCGAGGAGCAGCUUGUGCUGCGCCUGCCCAACUUCCCGUCCUCGACGCGUGUCGCCGUCGACCGUGAGAUCUUCCUCGAGCGCAUCUACCUCGCCGACGACCUGCGCAGCGUCAAGGGCAGCGUGCAGGUGCGCAACAUGUCGUUUGAGAAGUGGGUCGCAAUCCGCUUCACGCUCGACAAGUGGGCCAGCGUCAACGAGGUGUCGGCCGACUACGCCGAGAGCAUCAAGGACGGCGCCGCGGACCGCUUCACCUUCUCGAUCAAGCUCAACGAGCUGCUCAACUGGCCGCGCGGCGCCGCGGCGCACGAGACGAAGAGCAUGUUUAUGUGCCUGCGCUACACCGUCGGCAACGCCGAGUACUGGGACAACAACGAGGGCCUCAACUACCAGCUCGACUUCCGCAAGCGCCAGGCGCCCAGCACACCGGCCAGCACGCCCGCGGCGAGCGCCUACUCGCCGUCCGGCUCGUCGGUGCGCUCCUCGUUUGCCAACGGCAGCGGCUCGUCGGCCAAGGCGCGCAUCAUCGAGAUUGCGCGCCGCGGCGUGCACGGCGGCCCGCGCCAGGCGGGCUUCGCCAUGGAAGACCUGCGCCGCGAGCUCGACCGGCUCAAGUCCGACGAAGAGGACGAGGACCGGCUGGCUGCGGCCGCCGAGGCUGAGGCUGUCGCCGAGGGCGUGCUGCCGUUCCUCGCCAAGUCCAGCGGCGCCGGCUCGCCGUCGAUGGAGCGCGUCAGCCCCGAGCUGGCGCGCGCCUACCUGGCUGAGAAGGCGAAGCGCAAGCAGUCGCCGCCGAGCUCGCCCGGCGGCGGCCGCGGCAACAGCUCGCCGUCGAUGUGGUCGGCACGCUACGACUUUGGCGAGAGCCUGCGCAACCCGCGCAACGGCAGCCGCACCACGGGCCACGGCCGUGCCGCCGCGCUCGACUACUUCUCUUCGAAGCCAAGCCCGCGCGCCCCGACCUCGGCGACCUCGUCUGGCCUGCCGUCCUCGACGACGCCCACGCCGAACCAGUUCAUCGUCAGCGUCUCGUCGCCCAACGGCAACCUCAGCAGCGCGGCCAGCACGCCGGGCACGGGCAACGACUCGCCCGACUUUGCGCACCGCUUCGGCAUGAUCUCGCCCGGCCUCGUGCACAACGUCGAGCACCGGCCGAUUGUGGCGCCCGGCUCCGAAUCGUCGUCGCCGCAGACGUCGCUCGUCGUGCCGCUCGCCGCCGGCCCGCUGCCGCCGUCGCCGGCGGCGCAGCUGCAGAUCCGCACGCAGCAGCCGCAGCCGCAGGCCGCGAGCGACCGCUUCUACAGCUGGCCGCACUCGCGCCGCACUGCCUCGCCUGCCACUACGCCCACCGCCGGCGGCAGCGGCAGCAGCGGGCGCGAGAACAUGUUCUUCGAGGCCAUGCUGCAGAACGGCAGCCCGGUCGAGAGCGGCAGCAUGCCCGGCACGCCGCGCACGCCGAGCCCGCCGGCCGACUUCAGCAAGGGCAGCGCCAAGGCCAGCCCGCACUCGUCGGGCGCCACGUCGCCGCUUUCGCCCGACGGCUCGCCGAGCCUCUUCUCGCCCGGCGGCGCCACGUCGAUCUGCUCCAACGACUCGGACAUGACCGUCGUGACGCCCGAGGACCCGCAUGUGCUGCGUCUCGAGCGUGCCUCGCACGGCACGUUCGCCGACGAGGCCGACGAUGCCGCCUCGGCUACCUCUUCCUCGAACACGUCGUCGCCGCGUCUGCGUCCUGCGGCGCUCAGUGACAUGCAGGAGCUGGUUGCGCGCUACUGCUGGGGCACCGACCUCGUGCCCGGCGGUGGCUCGCUCGUCGCCACGCCCGGCACCGACGCCGCCGUGCGUGUCUCGCCGCCGAUCGCUCCUGGCCAUGCGCCACACAUGUCGCCGCUCGCCAGCGGCGCCUCGACACCGACUCUGUGCUAAGGGUUGCCUCGCUGCCCUUCCCGUUCCCAUUCCAGCACGCUCCCACCUCACUGACUUCCCGAUUGACCCGCGACCCGCGACCCUCUCCGUUCCGUCCACAUCCGCUCUCAGCUCACUCGCGCCCCCAUCUGUUCCCACGUCACAUCGUUCUCACUCUCCCCGGCCUCACUGCGUCUCGUCUUGCUCCUGCGAUGCCCGCCCACACCCAAGAAGUGCCCCUUGUCUUCUCGUCUCGCCGCUCCGUCUCAAUUGCCUACAUCCAGACAUACUUUGAUAUAGCUCCAUCUGACCCGCUGCCGCCCUCGUGCGCACAAUACAUCUCUUCUCGGCUAC